GCCAAGUUAUCGAUAAACGUGCCAUACUUAAAUGUAAACAAAUAAACAAGUUGUCGUUAAAAGCCGCACAUCAUGUCUUCAACAACGAAUAGCAAAUUAAAAGUAAUUGAUACGGAUUCAGACGAGGAAGACGACGCACAAAUGCGCUUGUUUCUGGAGGCUGCCGAUCACACGCUGCUGACAAAUGACAUGUUCAAAACAAGUUCUAUCAAAGCGUCGCCGGCUGCCGCGCCGGCGAAAGAUUUGUCAAAAAGUGAGCGUUUUCUGGCAGAGCAAGAUGCUGGGCCCGCCAGCGAUCUGCAAGUUAGUCCAGAGAUGCAAACGCACCUUUGGCAAAAACUAAGCACAAUUAUACAGAAUCAAAUUGAAUAUUGUGCCACCGAGCAGCCGUCCAAAAGUGGGCCACUGGAUGAGAAGAAGACAGCCUGGUAUAGUCGUGUCAAACUUGUUGCCGAUGCCGAUUGCUAUGUGGUGGAUGACAUCGAGCCGGAACUGAUCCCACAACGGAAGCCCACCAUAAGGCGGCGUCAACUGGAGGGGGAGGAGCUGGAUAAACCAACAACAAGUGCCGCAUUGGCCUCCGUUGCCGUCAGCGGUGAUUCCAUACUUAACGGCCAGGAUGUGCUCAACUGGGCGCCACGCAGAUGCCGCAAAGAUAAACUAUUCGAGUACAAGGCCUGCGACGAGCUGGGCCACAAGCUGCUGGCGAUCGAUGCCACAAACGAGUUUACGGCGCAGCGCCGCAAAAACAACUGGAACGAGACAAAGAUUAGCCAAAGAUUUCAGAAUAAAAAGACAAAGUUGUAACGCAUCUAUA